UUUCAGCUCAGUUUCGCGCGACCGCUUUUACUGUAAACAUAAUGUACAUUAUCGCCACAUCCCAAAUGUUGACUUUUAUAGGGCUGCUCGCGUUAAUUGCAGGCGCUGGCAGUGCGGGCUGGCCAAGGAGACGAGCAGAGGGCGAUCUAUGCACCUGGACUACAACAAAUUAUCCCAAGAGCCAUUGUAGGCUAGCCAGAAACUGUCCAACAUUGUCCGUGUAUAUCGAGGAAAAGGUUUUGAAAUUAACUGAAAUACCCAGCUGCGGUUUCAUCAACGCUCGCUCCUCGGAGAUGUUUUGCUGUCCCGAUGAGUUUCACGGCGUGAAAGUCUCAAGCGCUACAUCGGCGCCCACAGACAAUAAUAGACUGAGCUUUAAUCAUCUGGCGUCCCUCGGUUACUAUGCAGAUAACCUAUACGAAAUUGUGUACCGCUGCACGGCGAUUAUCCUGUCGCCGACCCAAUUGCUGGCGACAACCAAAUGCCUGGGCGCAAAAAUAUAUGAGAAGCCCAACAGAGUCCUAGUGGGUGUUACAGACCCAAGGAUCUCCCUUGGUUCGGAGCUAGAGUUUGAGCUUACGGCAAACGUCCACUAUAAGAACGAUCUGGCGGUCUUCAAGCUUUUCAGCUCGAUUGAUCUAAGUCAACAAAAAAUGGCAAAUGUGAGCUUGGCUACGAUUUGUAAUAAGACCGAGCUGGAGGGAGAUCCAAAGUUAUACGCCGUGGGCUUUGCUCAGAAUCAUGACUCCAAUUGCGCCCUGUUCAAGACGCGCCUUGAGAGAUUCAACGACUGCACCAAAGUGGAGCUCAAGCGUCAGGUGUCAGGCAUCGAUACAUCCAGGACGCAUAUGUGCUUGGUGCCACAGCCGAACGCUUCCCAUGGCGGCCAGGGCGAUGGCUGCACCAAAUGCCUGACGGCCAGCACCAGUGUGCUCCAUGUGGAGCGAGCGGACGGCAGUUUCUGUGUGGCGGGCAUUGCCACGCCCACCACCAACGAUUGCAUCGUGAACAGCGAUCCGAUUUAUUACACCAGAAUCGUGGGCAGGGGCGGCGAAGAAGAACUGCCCAGAAUCCAGGCGGGAAAUGCAAGAGUCACCUUUCGGACAAGUUAAAAUUAAACGGAAUUUCUUUAUCACAUUUUAUAAAUAAAUAUUUUUGUUUCCGAUAUUCGAUUACUUGCCCCGUUUCCAAGUAAUCGAUAAAAAUCGAUAUCGAAA